AUGAAAGGAAGUGUUUUAGCCAAUCAUUUGGCCUCCCAACCUAUUGAUGAUAAUCAAUCUUUACAAGAAGAUUUCCCAGACAAAGAGAUCAUGUAUUUGAAAUCAAAAGAUUACGAAGAACCUUUACAUGGAGAAGGACCUGAUCCCGAAUCCCGAUGGGGUUUGAUCUUUAAUAGAACUGUUAAUGCUUAUGGUAAAGGAAUUGGGGCAAUCAUUGUUAUGCAACAAGGUUCUCAUGUACCGUUUACUGCAAGACUGAUAGAUUACGCCCGAAGACUGCUAGCCUUCUUCAACAAAGUUGAAUUCCAUCACAUACCUCGUGAGGAAAAUCAAAUGGCAAAUGCAUUGGCUACUCUAGCUUCCAUGUAUCAAGUGAAGUUUCCAAAUGAAGCUCCUCAAAUUACAAUCAUGCGCCUGGAUAGGCCGACUCAUGUAUUCACUGCUGAAGCUGUCACAGAUGACAAGCCGUGGUUUUAUGACAUCAAAAUCUUCUUACAAAAACAAGAGUACCCACCUGGGGCAUCUAGCAAAGACAGAAGAACAUUGAGAAGAUUGUCUGGUAAUUUCUUCCUAACUGGAGAUGUGCUCUACAAAAGGAAUUUUGAUAUGGUAUUGCUCAGAUGUGUGGAUAGACACGAAGAAAACCAAUUAAUGCAAUAA